AUGCAACACAUCAUCCGUUUCCGAUUGAGCCCUGCCCGGGCGGCAUUCGCGCUCCGGACACUGAAGCCAUGCACGUCAACUUUCCAGCCUUCUCUGGGUUGCUCCCGCCGCGCCCUGGCGACUGCAACUGCAGCCGCAACCUCCAAGUCGAAAAAGCUCGAUAUAUUGGCCAUAGAGAAUAAAUGGAAGGCUAGAUGGCAAGAAGACGACGCCACCAUUGGUGCUGGCAACACUGUUGCAGGGACGGCUGAUGAGAAGCCCAAGUCGUAUAUUCUUUCGAUGUUUCCCUAUCCGUCUGGUACGCUGCAUAUGGGUCAUUUGCGAGUGUAUACAAUAUCAGAUGUGCUAGCGCGAUUCUAUCGGAUGCGCGGCCAUGAUGUUUUGCAUCCGAUGGGGUGGGAUGCCUUUGGGUUGCCGGCGGAGAAUGCGGCGAAUGAGCGCGGCGUGUCUCCUGCGGGAUGGACGACGGACAAUAUUGCUAGGAUGAAGGAGCAGUUACAGAGUAUCUCUACCUCGUUUAAUUGGGACCGGGAGCUCACGACUUGCUCGCCGGAAUUCUACGAACAUACCCAACGGAUAUUUUUGAUGCUAUAUGAGAAAAGGCUUGCAUAUCAGGCUGAGGCCAUGGUUAACUAUGACCCGGUCGAUAAGACGGUGUUGGCAAAUGAACAGGUUGACGCCAACGGAUAUUCUUGGCGAUCUGGCGCGAAAGUCGAGAAGAAGAUGCUGAAACAGUGGUUUUUCCGCAUCACGGAAUUCAAGGAACAGCUGUUGGAGGAUCUCGACUCUCUUGCCGGUGGUUGGCCGGAGCGAGUACUGUCCAUGCAACGGAAUUGGUUAGGGAAAUCGUACGGCGCGAAGAUCAAGUUCCCUCUUGUUGUCGAGGGUGAUAACGGAAAGAAUUUCGAUAUCAACGUCUUCACUACAAGGCCGGACACCCUCUACGGAGUAGAAUACGUCGCGCUCGCGCUUGAUCAUCCCAUCGUCUUGGAUGCAGCCAAGAAAGAUGCAGCCCUACAAAAGUUCCUGGAUGAGGCAGCGACGCUACCGGCGGACUCUAAAGUUGGAUAUAAGCUAGAGAACGCCGGCGUUACGAAUCCCCUGCUUGUAAUUGACAAAGAAAGCCCCCACCUCGCUCGUCGACUGCCGGUGUAUGUAGCACCAUACGUUCUUAGCGAUUAUGGAGAGGGCGCAGUCAUGGGAGUGCCCGGUCACGAUUCCCGAGACUUCUUGUUUUUCAAGGAAAACGCAAAUCCCAGCUCGAUUCCCGUCAUUUUGAGAGCGGAGCAAGCAUCUGCCACGGGUACCAAUCCGGAUGCAAGUGAGGUCCCUAUUGACGAGGCGAAGCCUUUCACACAAGAGGGGUUUUUGAGCACAAGUUGCGGGAAAUACCAUGGCCUUCAUUCGCGCGAAGCCGGGGAUAUGAUCACCACAGACCUCAAGGCCACUGGUCGCGCUGACUUUGUUGAGCAAUGGAGGUUACGGGAUUGGCUGAUCAGCCGCCAGCGUUAUUGGGGAACCCCGAUUCCUAUAAUUCACUGCAAUGAUUGCGGUCCUCAGCCUGUUCCAGUAGGCGACCUUCCGGUGAAGUUGCCCGACUUAGAGGGCAACUGGCUGAAAGAAAACCGGGGUAACCCUCUCGAGACAUCCGAAGAGUGGAUUUCUAUCAAUUGCCCGAGCUGCGGAGGUCAAGCAAGACGCGAUACAGACACCAUGGACACUUUUGUUGACUCCUCGUGGUACUACCUCCGUUUCUUAGAUGCCGCGAAUGAGCGGAAGCCUUUUUCUCCCGCAGUGGCGCGACCAGUCGACAUCUACAUUGGAGGUGUUGAGCACGCAAUUCUGCAUCUGCUCUAUGCUCGCUUCAUUUACAAAUUUCUGUCUCAAUCGGAUCUCUUCCCGGAGAUUGCUCGCACUGGUGACUUGGCGGUGCCGCCGGAGCCCUUCAAGACCCUUCUUUCCCAGGGGAUGGUCCAUGGUAAGACGUACACAGAACCAUCUACCGGCCGCUUCUUACUUCCCGCUGAACUCGACCUCUCUAAUCCGGAUAAGCCUGUUAUCAAAGAAACCGGUGCCACGCCCCAUAUGUCGUUCGAGAAAAUGUCGAAGAGCAAACACAACGGCGUGGACCCGACAACGUGCGUCUCAAAGUAUGGUGCUGAUGCCACACGCGCGCAUGUGCUUUUCUCGGCCCCUGUUAGUGAGGUCUUGGAGUGGGACGAGACAAAGAUCGUCGGUAUCGAGCGCUGGUUUAGCAGAGUCUGGAAACUCGUGGUGGACACAGAACAGAGCCUGAACUCAUCCUCGUAUAGGGUGCGACAAAAAGACUUAUUAGCAGGCACCGGCCUCGCUGAGAGCCUGGAACCCUUACACGGUUUGACCGACAGUGAUGCUGAGGCCAUACUCUCCAGUCACCGAGCUGUUUGCUCCGUGACAAACUGCAUUGAGGCGAAUCCCUAUGGGCUCAACACGGUCAUCUCUGACCUGACGAAACUCACCAACUCACUCUUAUCCUCGACUCCUGCCUCCCCGCAUAUCCUUUAUCUCUCCGUUUCUUCCCUACUACACCUCCUGGCGCCUGUGGCUCCAGCAUUGUCAUCCGAAUGUUGGGAAAUCCUCCAUUCAUCCAUUGUUGUAGAGAAGCCUCACUCUGAGUCCAAAAUCCCCCCAAUCCUCGACUGUCCGUGGCCAACACCUCCAUUGACCACGGAACAGGCCGAUAUUUUAUCAGCGCGCGGAGGACAGGUCGUGGCGGUUCAGAUAAAUGGCAAGCUCCGAUUCACUGUCACAAUUCCAAGGAUGCUCUCGCCAACAACCAUGGAUUCCGGCGUCAUGGAGCAGGACUAUAUUAUGACGCGCAUUUUGGAAACCGAAGAAGGUCGUCUCUGGUUGCGGGAAAGGAACGAUUGGGAGAAACGGAGAAGAGUCAUUGUAGUCAAAGGCGGAAAGUUGGUGAACAUUGUAUUCUAG